AUGAGGCGCGCAGCUCCUGCAUUCCUCUCAGGGCAAUCCCAGGAAUACCAGAGCAUUGGCCUGACUCGUUUUGAUGACAAUUUUGAUAUCGGUCCGUCGCCUGCUGGCACUCCUAUUGGCGGAGACUCCUUCAACUCGCCUCGAUCCCCGGGGAAAUCACCUCAUACCAGGAUACAAUCCCAUCUCCACCCGCGCGAUCCUUUCAGCCCUGGUUUGCACGACAAUUCGCCUUCCUUCGAUAGCCACCACAGUCAGGUGAAUUUACUGGCCCCUGACCGAGAACACAAUGCUGUCACCGGCCUAGGAGUUUACCAACCUGUUGCACCCACAGCACGCCAGACAGACCCAUCGUGGCUAAGACUCUUCAAGAACAAAUGGUGUAUGGUGGCCUGCCUCCUCUUGGGGGCUGCAGGGGCCAUCGGCCAUCACAUCCUCUAUACCCAGCUCAAUAACCGCGAGGCUAUAAAUCAGCAAUGGUGGCUCCGACUAGGUCAAUUUCUCGCCUUUGUUGCAAAAGCCAGUUUUGUCGUUGCUGUAUUGACAGCUCACCAACAGGUAGCUUGGAGUGCUGUUGCUCAAAAAAGCUACACGGUUCAUGCUAUCGACUCUCUUUUCGGCGCUGCCCACAAUGCCAUUGAACUCUUCAAUAAAGAGGCAUGGAGAAAGUCGUCUUUCGCCAUGAUUCUGGCCAUCUAUAUCUGGCUGUCACCUUUCGUGGUUAUUUUUACCUCUGCAACCCUCAGCGUUGUGCUUGACACGAAGCGUGAAUAUACCAACUGUACAUCAGUCCGAACCCUUAACUUUUCCAAUGACGCCAAGAAGAGCUGGAGAGACGACAAGACAGCUGAGAAUGAGACUAUGCGUGGCAUCUCACUGUCAAUGUUCAACGAGGCUACCGAGAGUAGGGAUGAUCCCUAUGCUAUAGACUACUGGAUUAAAGCAGCUCCGCCACUGGAUUCCAUUGCCUCGCGGGUCCUGGCAGGGGGUCAGCCAAUCCAAAGAGACGAGGUGGCCACCGAGAUCUGUGGAGAUAGCUGGGACUGCUCCACGACUAUUUACUUUGUAGGUCCCGGCUACAAGUGCGAGCAACUUGCCAAAGGUGCGGACUCGACAAUGAAGAGCUUCGAAAAUUACAGCACGCCUUUUAAUCUGAGCCUACUGGUCCCGGCUGGGAAUGCCACUUACUUCACCACUACCGACUUGGGAGAGUAUGCGCCGAAUCAAGUUGCAGUUGACGAAAAGAAUAAGCCGGCUGAAGGUCCUCCAUUUCCGAAGAACAUGGGUGCUUUCAGAACCGAACCGGUUAUCUGGCUAGGGUAUGUGGAAGUGGAAGAUUUGAACGUCAAGCACGCAAGCAACCGCAGUCAAAAGGGUUGGCAAGAUGACUAUACGCCUGUCAUCACAGCGUGUGAGCAUUGGGAGACCAACUAUACUGUCGAGUUAAAUUAUACGGGUGGUCGACAAUCGUACAAAGUGCAGAAUCGAGACUACCUAAGCAAAAUUAUCAACACGACCUACAUCGGCCAAGCUACCGAGCCGAACGACGGGACUCUAGAUCCAACCCUUGCUGAGCCUCAAGACAAUUUCAUAUUCCCCCAGGACUGGGAGAGGUACCGCCGAAUAGCAGCAUACCAUUCCCUGGGCAAGAAACUGCGCGAUCUUCUCCAAGGUUCAAUUCAACUACCAGGACCCAUUGGAUUCUCAGCUAUCUCCACUUCGAAACUCGUCGCCCGUCCCGAGACGCUACCCAUUCCAGACUUUGAAAAAGCCGCGCGUAGACUCUACGAGGACUUGCUCAUUUCUAUAUUGUCAGAUCCGUUGCUUCUUGCAGUAUCAUGGGCCUCGCACCCAGACAAGCUCUCCGGCCGAGGCGAAGGUGGGCCCGACACGAGCUAUCCCUGUAUACGUAGACGAACGGCCAGCUACUUCUCCUACCAGUGGGAGGUCCUUGUAGUCGUCUACGCGGCGUCUUUUAUUGUGGCGGCUGUGGGCGUGGCGUAUGGGCUUGUUGUGAUGCGGCUUGAUGGCGUGGAAGAGCUUCGCGAGAUGACAUUCUCGUCGAUUGCGAAGACGACUAAAAAUAUGGGUCUGGACCCAAGUGAAGAUAAAAGGAGGAGGAUUCGUGCGGUGGAGGAACGUCCUGGGAGUGGGAUGUUUGAGUUCAGAGUUGAAGAUCAUGAUGGAUGGGAUGGCGACAGAGUAGCGAGAGGCAGGAAUGGAUUGAGUCCUUGA